GGAUGGUACAGACCGAACUGUAGCAUGCAUAUAAAUACCACGGCUCUUAAAAUUACAAUCACAUCACAUUCUGAUUUAGUGCAGUGCGAUUUUAUCGACGUAGGUACUACGGGUUGUAGCGGAACUUCACGAAAUGACUUCCGGAUAUUUGGUUGCAUCGGUUUUGGUCCUAGCCCUGUUUGGUUAUUGUAGUGCAGGAGGACAUGGAGGAGGACACAAAAAAGUAAUCAUCCACGUACCGUACAAAGUGAAAACCAUCCACCACACCCACACAGUUUACAAGCACGUGGGGGGUGGCGAAAAGGAGGAGGGGGACAAAGUGAUCGGUUACUCCGGAGACGGUGACGUCAGCCUUGGCCACGGCUACGAGAGCCACGGGGGAGACGGAGGCGGCGAACACGCCGGCGGUUUCUCUGUCGGCGGUGACCACGGCUACUGGCACUCAGGUGGUCAUGGAGGAGGAGGUGAAGAAGUCCACUCGAGCGGACUGGAAGGUCUGAGCCUGGACUCCCAUGGAGGAAGUCACGCUGACUGGUCCAGUCUAAGUAGUGGGGGCGGCAGUGGCGGACAUGACUUGGGUGGUCUCGGAUCGUACGGGGGCGGUGCCGAAAGUUACGACGUCAGCGGCGGCGACAGUUACGGAAACGCUAUCGGGGGCGGCGGCGGUCACGAUUUCGGCGGUAGUUUCGGAGGCGGAUACGGUGGAGGCGGUGACGAUGGAGGUCAUAAAGGCUACGACUAAACGUGAACAUUUUCUUUUUUUGCUUUUGCUCUGUUACCUGCGGUAGGAUUAUUACCGACUAGUCUGUGUUUUAUACUUUGUACAUAUUUUAAGGGUUAAGUUAUUGUUAUUUGUUGUUGUUAAUGUUAUUAUGUCUGUGUUUUUUUUUAAUAAAAUAUUAAAAUAAA